UUUGGUCGGUCUAUUCACUUUGAUUGGAUAUUCUGCCUUGAAUGCAUGUAGCCAAUGAAACGGCUGUAUGCCAUAUAAGUGAUGAAGCCCAGAGGGUAAAGCAUCGUCAUUUCUUAGUUAUCUGUGUAGUGCAGCAAAAUGAGCGGUAGGGGCAAAACUGGUGGCAAAGCUCGGGCUAAGGCCAAGACUCGCUCUUCCAGGGCUGGCUUGCAGUUCCCUGUUGGCCGUGUCCAUAGACUACUCCGCAAAGGUAACUACGCUGAACGAGUAGGUGCUGGAGCUCCAGUCUAUUUGGCUGCUGUGCUCGAGUAUCUCACUGCUGAAAUCCUGGAGUUGGCUGGUAACGCUGCCCGCGACAACAAGAAGACGCGCAUUAUUCCUCGUCACUUGCAGCUUGCCGUUCGUAACGACGAAGAGCUGAACAAACUGCUGGGCGGCGUGACUAUCGCACAGGGCGGCGUGCUGCCCAACAUCCAGGCUGUGCUGCUGCCCAAGAAGACUGAGAAGCCGGCUAAGACCAAGUAAAUUGGCGCCGUAGACUUUCGUUAACCACCAAAAGGCUCUUUUAAGAGCCGCCUACUUUUGUUCCAAAAGAGCUAAGUCUAACGUUGCGAAAAUAGGAUUGCAGUUGUAUCUAGACCUGACACAUUUCAAGUAACUGAUAUGUGCGUCCAUACCAUCAGGCUUGUAAUAAACGUUUGAGUUGCCUAUGGUAUGGUAUUUUGCGGAUGUUCGUGUGAGUUGUUUUGGACAUGUACAUUAUGUAUUUGCUGCACCGGGAAGCAUCUGUGGAUGAUCACGUUUUAUAUGUAACUUUCCUAUAUAUUUAGGUGUUUUGCUCCUGAAGUAACAGUAUUGACAUAUACGUGGUUAAAGGGUUUACUAGAAGUUCCACGCUUCACUUGGUGUUUCUUGUCAUGGAUAUAGUACAAUUAUACUAUUAACUUAAUAAAGUCAGUGGCGCCUGAAUUACUGGGGGCGUAUAUUUUGAUUUUCGGCGCCCAUGCAAAUCCUCCAAUAAGGAGAGAAAUGACGAGGUUUCUACCAAUGGAGGGCAGGAUUUUUUUCAGCCAAUCAAUAUUUGUUUAAUGUUUAAGGCCACUUAAAAUUAAUAAACUGUUUUACAUGGC